UCCGAAACUGCCUGCGAUCCUGCAGCGCGCUUGCCUCACGUGACGUCAAACUCAAGUGAACGGUACAGUCAGCAGCGCUCAACAGCUCUUGCUCGCGUGGUUGCUGACACAGUCAACGCUCGCAGGAGCGCUCGGGCACUUCGCUUACAGUUGUCAUGUGAGGACCCGCUGCCUGCCUGCAUUGAUGGAGGGCUGCCAAGUCGGGUACUGAUCUGCCCCCCCACCCCCGGCAGUAAGGGGUUCCAGACCUCCGAAAGAAUGACAGAGUGGCGGAGCUUCCUUGAAUCAGUACAGGCCAGAUGGUUGCUGUACACUUGACUGACCGAUCUAGGCAUACACUGCCGGCCACCCAAUCACCAAAAGACCUUGAGCCUUGCAAGGUCAUUGAUCUGCUGCCUCAUUGCAGAUUUCACAGUCUCGUUAAAGGAGAUCAGAUUGUUGUGACACCAUGCCAUUUUGCACCAUUGUGGAAGGCGAGGGAGGCACAUAUUCGCCGCUGGGGAUGGAAAGGGAAGGGCUUGUUCCACUUAGACUGUUCUACCAACUCUACGGCCAUGGCGAGUCAAAGAUCCUUUUAAUCAUGGGACUGGCAGGAACACACCAUGCAUGGGCUCCACAACUGAAGGCACUCUGUGGUACAGAUGUUGCAAAUCAGGGAGAAGAGGAAGGAGACAACGCGGUGAGCAGUAGCGAAACUGAAGGAGACAAAGAGGGCAGAUGCUCCACAAGUACUCAGGUUGGCAGCGGUGGACGGCAAUGCUGUGCUUUCGACAAUCGAGGAGUUGGGCAGAGCUCAGCUCCUAAACAGACACAGGCGUACUCAACCACACGGAUGGCAAGGGAUGCCCUAGCUCUGAUGGACCAUCUGCGAUGGUCAAAAGCGCACAUAUUUGGGCAUUCCAUGGGCGGAAUGAUCGCCUGCAAGAUGGCAGCCAUGGCGCCUACCCGAAUCGCUUCCCUUGCAAUCAUCAACUGCUCUAUGGGUGGCUAUGCAUGCAUCCCGAACUUGAACUGCAGCAUGUUGGCCGUUAUCUAUCGUUUUUUGCGCGCAAAGACGCCAGAGGCCCGAGCGGCUGUGGACUUAACCACACAUUAUACCUCGUCGUACUUGGACGCUGUGACGGAGACAGGCGAAACGAGGCGGGUGGUUUUGUACAAGGAAUACGUACAGGCAAUCAAGGCGUCUGGGAUGCAGGAAAGUUAUGGUCAAGAGGGCCAUGUGCACGCAUGCUGGACGCACUGCCUAACUAAGGAGGAGUGGCGCGCCGUCUGUACAGCUGGGUUUCUGGUGUCAGUCGUUCAUGGCAGGGGGGAUAUAAUAUGUCCGAUCGAGCGAGGCGUCAAAAUCGCGAAACACCUGGGGCCGGUAGCGAAGUUUGUCGACUUACCAGGAGGCCAUUUCCUUACUCGUGAGUCGAAAGAAGAGGUUAAUGAAUGUCUUCUAAGCUUGAUAACGGCAGCGGAAUCGGGCGUGGACACAUCGGAGUGGUCACAAGAAACAAGGCAGAUGUUAGGUAACUCAGUGGAGCGAGGCCCGUCUGCUAGGUUGUGCAAGGGAAUAGGAGGCAACUGCUUUAGAAGACUGCUGCAGAUUUCAGGGAGGGCUGCAGAUUUCAGGUGAUGGAUGUGCAAUAGCUUUUGGAGCCACGAAUCUUCUGCUAGAAUAUGGAAAGGUGCACUUCCAUAAUUUUUGUCUUUUGUGCAUGUGUUGAGUAGCGGAGGGAGGCCCAUUAGCUAGGUGGUGCAAGGGAAUAGGAGGCAACUGUUUUGGAAGACUGGUGCAGAUUUCAGGUGAUUGAUGUGCAAUAGCUUUUGGAGCUGUGAAGGUACGACAUGGUCCGCGGUGGAAAGCGGUAGUGGAAAGCUGAUGUUUACGGAUAGAAAAAGGAGAGAAGGGGUAAUACUCAGGCAGGGAAAGGUAGAGUCCACAUGCCUUUCAUCUCCCUGCUGGGCGAACAACUUGCGACGGUAGGCUCUGGCUGUCCCUAUUUGUAAAUGAUGUGUAUUUUGUUUAAACCACCAGUACCUUUCCCCGCUUGAAAAAAAAUAUGCGGCGGUUAACAAGGACAACUUUCAGGGUCACGCUGCCUUUGAUGAAUUUCAUCGGCGGCCCAUGGUGCGCUUCAAGCCUCCGAAAGUCGCGAUCAGGGGCCCGCGGCAGAUAUAUGGGAAAGGCACUGGCGCUUUAAGACUUUAUGUAUAGAUAUUAGAUAGAUAUUGAAUAUGGCUUCUGGUAUGGGCAGUGGUAGUAAAGAGCCUCUGCGUGU